CCGGAGCCGGGUCGGGGCUCGAGGCGGCGGCGGCGGCGGCUCCGCUGGGCUCCGGGUUGGCCGGCCAGGCGCGGGGCCAGGGCGGGCGGCGGCAGGGCGGUGGAUCGCGCGGAGGGCGGUGGCCUGGCCCGCUGAGCCAUGGCGGCCCCGGAGCCGGCGCCGAGGCGGAGCCGGGAGCGGGAGCGGGAGGACGAGAGUGAGGACGAGAGCGACAUCCUGGAGGAGAGCCCGUGCGGACGCUGGCAGAAGCGGCGCGAGCAGGUGAACCAGGGGAAUAUGCCCGGGAUCCAGAGCACAUUCCUGGCCAUGGACACGGAGGAGGGGGUAGAAGUGGUGUGGAACGAGCUCCACUUUGGCGACAGGAAGGCUUUCGCAGCCCAUGAGGAGAAGAUCCAGGCCAUGUUUGAGCAGCUGGCGCUGGUGGACCACCCCAACAUCGUCAAGCUGCACAAGUACUGGCUGGAUGCCUCUGAGGCCCGUGCCAGGGUCAUUUUCAUCACGGAGUACGUGUCAUCGGGCAGCCUCAAGCAGUUCCUCAAAAAGACCAAGAAAAACCACAAGGCCAUGAAUGCCCGGGCCUGGAAGAGAUGGUGCACGCAGAUCCUGUCCGCGCUCAGUUUUCUGCACGCCUGCAGCCCCCCCAUCAUCCACGGGAACCUGACCAGCGACACCAUCUUCAUUCAGCAUAACGGCCUCAUCAAGAUCGGCUCUGUGUGGUACCGCAUCUUCUCCAAUGCGCUCCCGGAUGAUCUAAGGAGCCCCAUCCUUGCUGAGCGAGAGGAACUUCGGAACUUGCACUUCUUCCCACCAGAAUAUGGCGAAGUUGCAGAUGGGACCGCUGUGGACAUCUUCUCUUUUGGGAUGUGUGCACUGGAGAUGGCUGUGCUGGAGAUCCAGGCUAAUGGGGAUACCAGAGUCACAGAGGAGGCCAUUGUUCGAGCCAGGCACUCACUGAAUGACCCCAACAUGCGAGAGUUCAUCCUCUCCUGCCUGGCCCGGGACCCUGCCCGACGGCCUUCUGCUCACAACCUCCUCUUCCACCGAGUGCUCUUCGAGGUACACUCGCUGAAGCUGCUGGCAGCUCACUGCUUUAUCCAGCACCAGUACCUCAUGCCUGAGAAUGUGGUGGAAGAGAAGACCAAGGCCAUGGACCUGCAUGCUGUCUUGGCAGAGGUCCCCAGGCCCCAGCAGCCCCCAAUGCAAUGGCGGUACUCAGAGGUCUCCUUCUUGGAGCUGGACAAAUUCCUGGAGGAUGUCAGGAAUGGGAUCUACCCACUGAUGAAUUUUGCUGCUGCUCGGCCCCUGGGGCUGCCCCGUGUAUUGGCUCCACCCCCGGAGGAGGCCCAGAAGGUCAAGACCCCGACUCCAGAGCCCUUUGACUCUGAGACCAGGAAGGUGAUCCAUAUGCAGUGCAACCUGGAAAGGAGUGAGGACAAGGCACGCUGGCAUCUCACGUUGCUUCUGGUGCUGGAGGACAGACUGCACAGGCAGCUGACCUACGACUUGCUUCCAACGGACAGCGCCCAGGACCUCGCGGCUGAGCUGGUGCACUACGGCUUCCUGCGCGAGGAUGACCGGUUGAAGCUGGCCGUCUUCCUGGAGACCACCUUCCUCAAGUACCGUGGGGCGCAGGCCUGAUCCUUCCAGCCCUGGAAGCCCUGCCCUGGCUCUGCUGGCUCAGGGCUGUCCCUGUGGGGAAGAGUCCAGCACUUCUUGGAGUUGCCUUCUGCCUGCUAGCCUGGGAGCUGAUGAGCACCUACCCUGUUAGUGAGGAUCCCUGGCCUCCUUCAGCAGCAUGGGACCCUGAGGUGGUGGUUCAGUGGCUGAGGCAGCCAGCGUGGGGGUACAGGGUGGGAUCUUCCAUGGACAGACCUCCACCAGGGGAAUCACUCCAUCACUCUGGGUUGAGCCAUCCUAAGUUGGCACCACAGACCCAGGCAGGGUGCCUGGACCUCAUAAUGUGAUGGGGCCCCUGCAGCUGUCAUAACCAGUGCUGGGCAUCAAACAGGGCCAGACCUGGCUGGAAAGAGGGUAAAGAGCCUGGAAUUGAGACCGUGGUCAGCAAAGCCCCUGGUCCCAUGCAGAACAGCCCUGCAGUCCCCCUCUCUGACCUUGCUCUGAGACCAGGAUCUGGGGCUCUGGCACCAUCACCAAUACCCCAGCCCCUCUAAUGGGCUAUUUCUCUCCUGUAUUACCUGGCAUGGAGAGGUCAGAGGUCAGGUGUCCUCCCAGACCUCCUCCCUGGAGCAGCUGUAUUCUGGGCCUGGAGAUGUGGGCUUCUSUUUCUCUGUCUCUCUCUCUCCCACCCAACUCCUGUCUGGAUUUCAGAGGUUUCAUUACUUCCAUGAAUUCUGCCUCCACCUCCAGUGCCCUUUCUUGAACUGCCUCUCCUCCAAUUUCAAAUUCAGCUAAAUGAUCUCAAACAUUUUAAAUUUUAUGUAUAAAUUUAAUGUAUUCAGGUUUCUGUUUAAGCAUUUCAAAUGUCAAACCAGGAAGGCUCACUAACUGUAUUAGUUCUAUAUUGCUGCUGUAACAUUUAUCACAACCUUAGUGGCUCAAAACAACACAAGUUUAUUAUAAUUCUGUAGGUCAGAGUCUGAUACAAGUCUCACUAGACUAAAAUCAAGGUGUUGGCAGGUGGUGUUUUCCUAGGUUGGCAGGUGGUGAAGAUCCUAGGGGAGAACCUGCUUCCUGCUCAUUCAGGUGUUGGCAGAAUUCACUUCUACACAGUGGUGGGUCCUGUUUUCCUGCUGGCAGUCAACUGGGGACCACUCUUCAUUACCAGAAGCGGCCUGCAUUCCUUGGCUCUCCUUCCUCCACUCAAAGGCAGCAGCAGUAGGUUGAAUUUUAGCGUGAGCCAGAUAUCUGGUUGUCUGAAGCCAGGAAGGUUCUCCAUAAGGACUCCUGCCUGCAAUUGGGUGGACUCCCCCCAGAUAAUCCAGGAAAAUUGCCCCUCUCAAGGUCUCUAAGAUUAAUCACAUCUGCAGGCAUAUAUUUUGCCAUAUUAAGUGGCAUUCACAGCUCCACUGAUUUGGGAAUGGAUAUCUUCGGCAGGGGGCAUUCUCCCUACCAUACCCCCUUAACCAAAAGCCCAAAACCAAACCAGAUUUGCCAAGUCAUAUAAAAUAAAUUAAAUGAACAACUAUAAUGAAUCUCAAGUUAUUUUAAACAUUCUAGUACUCUUUACAAAUAUUUUCAGAUUCUCAUACCUUUCAUCUUAAAAUUGCAGAUUUCAAAUAACCUGCAGAUUCUAGGAGAGAAUCCUGUUGCUAAAAUGAUUGUGCAUAGUCUUCAACAGUUUGAGUGGCAAUCACACAACUGAUCUGAACUUAAAAACACCGAUACUAACAUUGCUGCAUUUAGUCAUGCCUACCUGAGUUUUUAAUGUUAAGUUCUAUCUUUUCAGAAUUAUAUGCAUAUUAUUUUUAAAAUGAAAUGGUAUGUGUGAGGCCAAUAAUAAAUGCAGUCUCCUACCCUGACUUUCCCCCCGUUCACCACUCUUAGCUGUUUCUGCAGACAUUCAGAACCCACAUUUUUCCACCCUCAAGCACACUUUAGUCCUGUGUAUUGGUUGUUCUACAUGAGGUGUCUCCAGGUGGCAUCCUCUGGAGGGAGGAGUCCUCUGCCUCCUCUGAUACAUCACCCCAGUGUGAUGGGUAUUAUAGUUCUCUGGGUGUGAGUAAGCUUCAUUACCAAAAGUCUCCACAAAGAACAAGGUAUCCUAGUCUAGGUUAUAUUUUCUUUCUUGUACAACCUUUUCUGUUUUCCCUGGAGUUAAUAAUUGUCUUUUUUUUUUUUUUUUUGCUUAGUUUUCUGAUAUGGAUGCCAUUAAUUCAUUUUUAGAUUUCCCCGUGUAAGUGUGACUCUCCUCUCAAUACUCCACAAUCAAGGCAUAACUGACUAGUUUCUUCUUCCUGGAGUCCCCAACUUGUUCUUGUAUUCUGGCCCCACUCUUAGCCUGGGUCACCCUUCACCAGGGUCCUGGAGCCCUUACUCUGUGACUGCAUCCCAUGCUUUCCUCUUCCUUUGCUGCCCUGAGAAGCAACAUCUUUCAAGUUGCCUGGGAGAGGAUGCAUGGAAGAUUAUGGGUUCUUUCCCUGUUUGUCCUUAUUCAGACCUCACACGUUUUUAAGUGUAUCUGGAUACAGAAGUUUGAUUUGGUUGAAAGUCACCUGUCCUAAGAUUUUGAAGGUGUCAUGUCAUUUUCUUCUAGUUCCAAGAACUCUCCAUGCCUCUGUGAAUGCUGGCCCUUUGCCUACAAGCUCUUCUCUCUCAUUUUCUCUCAAUCUUUUCUUUGCCCCAGUAACUGUUUCAUCCAUUGUCCAGAGAUGAAAAUUUUCUUGAAUUACUUCUUUCUUUAUUUUCCCCUUUCCUUAUAUUCUGGACAAUUUAUUGAGAUGUCGGACGCAUCUUUUGAGAGAUGCAAUCAUGUGUCUAGGUGCCCAGGCUCUGAGAAGAUCUGUUGCUCCUUGCAGCAUGAGCUCAGUUGUGCCUGUACUUCCUCAUCUGGAGCAGUGGAGGGAGACCCUCUGCAAAGGGUCACUAUAAGGUUGGCAUGAGCUCCUGUAUGAGAAGCCAGAACAGUGUCUGGAACCAAGCAUCUGUCCCUGAAAGCUGCCCCCAGACAGUAGUGCUUGGGGCUCCCCCUGGUAGUAGUGGUGAGAUCCAGCCCCAGGUUUCUGUGCCUGGAGAGUACUGACUGAUCUGAUUAUGAUAGUUGACAUUUUCUAGCUAUCUGGCUUUGUUGUUAUGCAUUCUGGAAGAUUUCAACUUUAUCUUUCAAUCCUAUAGAACUGCUCAUGUCCCUUUCACAUUUCUCUUUUUUGGGGAGGGCAUGUACCAAGGAUUGAACUCAUGGGCACUCAACUAUUAAGCCAAAUCCUUAGCACCCCCCUUUUUAAAUUUUAUUUAGAGACAAGGUCUAAGCACCUCGUUGUUGCUGA